CCUACACUGUAUUAUAAAUCACACAUAUGUUACAAUGUAAAACGCCACCGGUGUACAGAAACUCAUUCCAAAUUUGUGACAGUUCCAUGAGGGGAAGCUUUAGCGAUGAGGAGGGGAAAGCCUCGACGGCAAGGAUUAUGUAAACGUGAUAUGAUGAUGGUUUUUAUUACUCCGAUAUAUGUAAUACCUUAUAUUUCCCCGCCGUGUAGUAGAACGUUAUCCUUACCUCAGUUGACCCUCACAUCUCGUUCUUGACAAUUAUCCCCCUCGUCACUUAUAAUUCCAGCGCAGCUUUUAUUGAAUACUACACUGUGAUUUAUUGAUAUGGAUCUUCCUCUGAGAAAAGACUUGCGGCCAAAAUCCGGUCAGCCCGAAGAUGCAGCAUGGAUAUGGGGAAGCGAUGAUGAACUAGGUAGAUUAAACCUUCAAACGCCGGAAAGGGUGAAGAAAGCACUGGAGACCAUCUCUUCUGGAGAGGUUAUCCCUCUUGGUCUCCCAUUCGACCAGGUUGCACCGCCAUGCUAUGAACGACAGGUUUUUAAACAUUCUAUCCAUGCUUUGGGAGAGAUCGGAUUUGACGACCUCUAUGACAUGAACCCUCAAAGCACUUCUCAAUGGGACGGGUUUCGUCAUUUCUCCCAUAUCCCUUCGGGGUAUUUCUAUAACGGGACCACCGCCAAGGAUAUUCACGGUGAAAAUGCUUCGACCAAAUGCGGCAUGCAAGCGUGGGCGAAGCACGGCAUUGCGGGCAGAGGUCUACUUCUCGACUAUGGCCGCUGGGCCGAAGCCAGAAAUAUCAAACCAGUAUAUUAUGACAACUUCAAAAUUACUCAUAGCGACCUUGUCAACGUGGCAGAGUCGCAAGGAAUCGAUCUGAGACCUGCCGCACAAGGAGGCGACAUUCAGAUUGGCGAUAUCCUAGUCGUCAGAUCUGGGUUUCUGAAGAACGCAAACUCGCUUACAUACGAGGAGAGGGCUCCUCGCCACCUCGGGAAGAAUAAAUUCGGGCCUCACGAUGAACAGCGCUAUAUAGGUGUGGAUCAGAGUGAGGAGAUUCUCGACUUAUUGCAUGACUCCUACUUCUCGGCUGUAGCUGGAGACCAUCCCGCCUUUGAAGCGUGGCCAUCAGAGAAAGAUUACUAUCUUCACGAGAAGUUGUUGGCACUUUGGGGGGUUCCCAUCGGUGAGCUUUGGGACCUCGAGAAGCUUGCAGAGAAAUGCGUCGAGAGGAAGCGAUGGACAUUCUUCCUCUCAAGUGCUCCUAACCAUGUAAAAGGAGGAAUAUCAAGCACUGCGAAUGCUGUAGCUAUCGUAUGAGACGGAUGAAUCAACCUAGAUGUCUUACAUUUAGUCCUUCUUCCUUCUUCCAUUUUUUCUGGACGGUAUAGUGCUUGUGAAAAUAAGGCUAGCUCAAGGUGAUAAUAUUGAGUGGCUGAUCAGUUUCAUGCCCCUUGAAUGUACGUAGCCGUGAUAGUGGAGAUGGAUAAAUGAAUAUGGCAAUAUCGCAGCGAGA